UUACCUGAGCGGAAAUCCUUAAAGCUAGCCAAUUUGUCCGAGGUGAAGUUUCUCAGCGAAAGUCAUAUUAAAUGCCGAGUCAUUUUGUGUCACUCGGUGCCACUUUGGUCAAUCAGUAGCCAGCCACCUGUCGCAUGAUACAGCACCUCCUUCCCGAACACAGACAGAAUGGUAGGACGGGGACAGGGACCAAGCCCUGUCGCGAAUAGCGAAAAUCCGCGAGUAACGGAUGCCCACCCUUAAAGGUUAAUUGCCUAUAGAUUCCACAAAAUGACAGCAAAACACUUUUUCUAUUAGACAAGGCUACGGCCUGAGUAAAUGAAGCUAAUCCCCUCAUUUCAAACAGAGCUCCUUGGCCCCAACAAGCCAAAACAUGGCGCAAAAGCAAUAUUUUGAAAUUAUACACGGCUUUAACAUGAGCACCAAAAAGCAAUUAGGAGAGUUUUUCAGCAAAUAACGAAGACUAGGUUCCCCCAAAAGAUCAGCCAAAUUCCCAAAGGUCAAAAUGCGAUUAUGUGUCCACUGAUUUAUAACCACUUGUGUGUCAUUAGGGAUAUCUGGUGUGCUGAAGGAAUUUGUCCAUUGUUAUUGACAAAUGCAAAUCAUGUAUCUUUGUUCUUUUAUCUAUACCAGUGAGGUACAGUGACAGGUAGAACAAUGAACUGUUAUUCCACUAGAUGGCAGAAGAUAACGAUAACAUGUUUAUCCACCUGUUGCCAUUCACGCAACAAACAAAUAGCUUUGUGUUCAACUAGUACAACUUUGUGUCUUCCGACUUACAGUUCAUACAAUUUCCCUGUAUCUGACCACAAAGAGGGUCAAUACGGUUUCCAAAACACUCCUGCCAGCAGUAGGGGUGUGAAGGGUUGCCUAGCAACGGGCAGGUCUCGUAUUAGCUCUGGCAAGACGCCUUGAGGCUCAGUGUCAUCCGAUAGGAAGGGAACUAGGGGUGGGCCGGGGGGUAGACACUCAGGGGGUGUGUUUUGUUGGAGAGCAGAUUGGCAAGCAGUUGGUGGGAGUGUUAAGGACACCGGGGAUGAAAGAUAAAGGAAAGGUCAGCACGUAGCGGGGUGUCUGGUGUCCGAGUAUUAGGGGAAGGCCCUGACAGGCACAGGGAGCGUCAUCUCAUUAGGUGAGCUUUGUUGCUCGGAGCUUAGAGACUUGGCGGGUAAAGCGGGAUAAAGAUAUCAGCGUGCUCUUUCACCGGUCUGUCUCAAAAACAUUGCCUUUUCACAAAGAUUGCAAUGCUUACUUUUAGGGACGUGUUCAUUUACUGUAUGUUAAUCAAAACUUUUGCUACACCAACAGGGACAAUUUCUGGAAAUGUUUUAAUGGUUUGUUUACAAAUAGUUGGGUCUCUGUAUUGCCUGCCCACGCAUGGAAUGUGAAAUUAAACAACCAAGUUAUUUAUCUAUUUCUGAAAAUGUGUCAGUGUUCCCCCGCAUAGUUUCUCCACCCAUGAGAUUAGCAGCUAGGAUGGGUGAAAAUCCAGAGCCACUUUUAAGUGAUGACCAGAGGCUGACCACCGACUACUCUGUCUGAAUUAGCUUUACAUACAUUUCAGAUUGGCCUAUUGACACAGCUGGGAAUGUACAGUAUUUGAAGGCACACCUGGAACACACUGCUUCUUUGUGUAACAUCAUGGAAGUAAAGUCAAAAGAAAUCAGCCAAUAUAUCAGGAAGCGAAUUGUGGACUUGCACAAGUCUGGUUCAUCCUUGGGUGCAAUUUCCAGAUGCCUGAAGGUGCCGCGUUCAUCUGUUCAUAAAUAUUAUAUGCAAGUAUAAACACCAUGGGAAUCUUCAGUGGGUUAAGCCAUCAUAGAGUACCUCUCAGGUCAGAGAUAGUUUCUGUCUGACAAUGACCUGAAGCACACUGCCAAUCUACAGAGUGUAGUGUCUUAAGUGCUACCUCCACAAAUUAAAAUGCUCUUUGUGGGGGUACUUGUUUCCCUCUGUGCUCCGCUUGCUUGUUCGUUCACUCUCCUUGCUCCAUCCCCCGUCGUCAUGGUAAAAACGUCGCUAUUGGCCCAGAAACAUAUGGGACGAGGUGGCCAAUCUCGCUUGCUUGUCUGUCGCCAUACGUUCCACAAUCACAACGAUCAUUUAUUGAUUUUCUGGCGGUAUCACUUACUCAACCUUGUUGUCUUUGUAAAGGCUGACAUUUUUUGAGACAGCUCCUAAAGGUGGUCAGUGAUAUAUGUGCACUAUUGUGUGUGUUUCAUCCGGCUGACAGGUCUGUCGAACAUGAUGUCUGACGGUGAGUUCCUGAGGACGAGCUGUGGUUCGCCCAACUACGCCGCCCCAGAAGUCAUUUCGGGAAGGCUGUACGCAGGCCCGGAGGUGGACAUCUGGAGCUGCGGCGUGAUUCUUUACGCGCUGCUGUGCGGCACGCUGCCCUUCGACGACGAGCACGUGCCCACGCUGUUCAAAAAGAUCCGAGGGGGCGUGUUCUACAUCCCCGAGUACCUGACGCGCUCAGUGGCCUCGCUGCUGAUGCACAUGCUGCAGGUGGACCCUCUGAAGAGAGCCACCAUCAAGGACAUCAGGGAGCACGAGUGGUUCAAACAAGAUCUGCCGGGCUACCUGUUCCCGGAGGACCCGUCGUACGACACCACAGUCUUGGACGAGGAGGCCGUCAAAGAAGUGUGCGAUAAGUUCGAGUGCAACGAGUCCGAGGUGGUCUCCAGCCUCUUCAGCGGUGAUCCUCAGGACCAGCUUGCGGUGGCCUAUCACCUCAUCAUAGACAACCGGCGCAUCAUGACGCAGGCCAGCGAGUUCUACCUGGCCUCCAGUCCGCCGCAAGGCUCCUUCAUCGAGGAGGGCAUGCCGCUGCCGCCGGGGAUCAAGCCGCACCCGGAGCGGAUGCCGCCGCUGCUGGCUGACAGCCCCAAGGCGCGCUGCCCCCUGGACGCCCUCAACACUACCCGACCCAAGCCGCUCGCCGUCAAGAAGGCCAAGUGGCACUUGGGCAUCCGGAGCCAGAGCCGGCCCUACGACAUCAUGGCCGAGGUCUACAGGGCCAUGAAGCACCUGGGUUUUGACUGGAAGGUGGUGAACCCGUACCAUCUGCGAGUGCGCAGGAAAAACCCAGUGACGGGCAACUUAGUGAAAAUGAGCCUGCAGCUCUACCAGGUGGACAACAGGUCCUACCUCCUCGACUUCAAGAGCAUCGACGAUGACAUCAUCGAACCAGCAGGCUUCAAGUCAGGCUCGUCCACCCCUCAGCGGUCCGGCUCGACGGCGGGGCUACACCGGCAGCGCCUCAGCAUCGACUCGGCGAGCCAGGCCGGUGAAAUGCUUCAGCUCAGCUCGUCCCUGCCGGGUUCGCUGUACGGAAGUUCGCCAACGCUCGCCCCGCGCCAGGGCUCACACACCAUGGACUUCUUCGAGAUGUGUGCCAGUCUGAUCACCAGUCUGGCUCGCUGAGAGGAGCUGACGUCAAGAAGGCGUGCGUGACAAAGAAGAAGAAGGAGGAAGACAAUCGGAGUCUUGGCGUCAAAAGCAACCUGAUAUGGGGACAGGACGAAGGGGGAACCAGAAAGUCUUCAAUCGGCAAGAUGGCAAAGGUUAAAAAAACACCCACAACAACUGCUAGAACAUCGCCGCCUACUGUAACGCUUCAUCCUGACACUGAUCAGAGGUCAGUUUGGAGUCUUGAGGGAGCACGUAGAUGAUUCAUUUCUGCAUCUAUAUGGAAAAGACUGUUAUCUAUGUCUACUAUAUUUAUAUCGCAGUCGCACGAUGUUGCUGAACAAACAAAAUCACAUUAUAAAUGAUUAUUAUUAUUAUCAUUAUCAUUAUGAUUACUAUUCAGGCGGCGACUGGGUAGCACUUCUGCCUGUCAGUUCUGAGGACCGGGGUUCAAAUCCCGGCCCCGCCUGUGUGGAGUUUGCAUGUUCUUCCCGUGCCUGCGUGGGUUUUCUGCAGGCACUCCGGUUUUCUCCCGCAUCCCAAAAGCAAGCGUGGUGGGUUGAUUGAAGACUCUAAAUUGUCCGUAGGUGUGAAUGUUUGCGCGAAUGGUUGUUUGUUUGUAUGUGCCCUGUGAUUGGCUGGCGACCGCUUCGGGGUGCGUCCCGCCUCUCGCCUGGAAAUAACGAGCUGGGAUAGGCUCCAGCACGCCCGCGACCCUUGUGAGGAUAAAGCGCUACAGACAAUGGAUGGAUGGAUGGAUAUUAUUAUUCAGAUUGCUAUUUAUUUUUCUGGAGAGAGAUUAUUUUUAGGCAUUGAUUGCAUUAUUUAAAGGCAUUUUAUUCUGACUUGAACAGAGAGCAGACCUCAUAGCACAGCAGGACAGUCGAAUGUUCUGCUCGGAACUGACCAGUGCUGCAUUUAUGACACGGCACAGACGUGACAUCUUGCCUUGCAUUAGUAGCCUAUUAUACUGAACGGCGGAACCUCCGAAGCCCUCCUAAAACCUUUAUUAACAGGACAGGCAAUGUUUUAGUGACAAGUGACAAGUGAGUUAUUUGAACAGUAACUCACACGAGUGUAAAAUCAAAUCAAAUGCUAUUUAGGGAGCACGCUCUCAUCUAAUCAAAUCAAAUCAACAAAUAAGAUAGAUGCUAAUGUUGAGAAACAACAAGGCACGCUUAACUUGAAUGAAAUGUAAAGAGCAUAUCAUUCUUUAACAGUGCCACACGUGUAAGAUCAAAUGCUAAAACACCACUAGCUACAAGCUAUCAUUUCGAAAGAAUAAAGCACUCUUUUAACGUGAAUGAAGAAUGAGGCGCAUUUCAUUCUUCAACUGGCACACAAGUUUAAGAUCAAAUCCAAUAGUGUCAAAUGGUAAAAGGCCACUAGGCGAGACAGCGGCGUUUGGAAAGAAUUGAACACUCUUUAAACUUGAAUUACAAAUAUGAAGCAUGUCGUUCUUAAACAGUACGUGUCACAAAAAUCAAAUUGUGUGCAACACUAAGCCAUAACCAGCUAGAAGCUAACGUAGCACCCUACAUUGUCACUCAGCGCAUCGCUUUACUUCAUGGUAGAUAUUCUUCUCUUCUUCUCUUCCCUUCGUCCUUCAGACUUACUCCUUUGAUGCUGUUUGAAUUGAGGUCAAGUGAGAUGCUCCACCAGCUCCGUUGGCCGAAAUGAGUACGAUAUUUCACGGCUGCUCGCACACAGAAUGUAAUUAAAACAAACAAUCAGAGUGGACAGAUGGGGCGAGCUGUCACAUGUGCCGUAAAUCCGACAAAAAGAAAUUCCUUUCUUCAAAGCCUGGAGAAGUAAUGAAACUGUCAAAAGACACGUGGAGGGCUCCAACCUUUCAUUGAAUGCGUACACAUUCAGUGCUGCCCUGCUAUAGCAGAUAUCAGUGAAUAAUUGACGACCCACCACCAAAUACGGUUUCUAAUUGCCUAUAAAUGCCACAAGAUGGCAACAAAGGGGACGUGAAUUUGCCAAACCGUGAAUAUGCGGUGGUUCACUCUAUAUAUUUUUAAAUGUAACUUUAAAGAAGCACUUUGAGAUGGUGUGUGUCUGUUUUGCACAACACACAAUCCUUCCUCCGGCUGCCUUAAACUAAUGCAAACGACGUGUGUGUGUGUGUGUGUGUUAUGUGUUACGGGUUUAUCACAUCACAUAGCAUAACAUUAUUUUUAUGAAUGUAAAAUAUGGAAGAAAGUCUGCUCAAGUUGAAUCCUCUUAUUUUAGAUAAUGCACUGUUGUCUUCCUGCUGUUUUCAGUUAACCCAUAUGUUGUAACCGUUUCUUACCAACAAGGUGACCCGCUCGACACGUAAUCAUCUCACAUUUAUGUAUUUUAUUUAAUAAGAAAUAAAAAAAGGAACAAGGUGAGCAGAACAAGUUUA